UUUUGAUGCAAGUCAGUCGAAGCCAAACCCAGCCGGCUGAGAGUCAGCCUCCGCCGUACUAAUCAACCUCCCUCAAUGUAGCUGAUAAGGACAGGCAGAACCCGUAGGGAGAUACUGUAUGCUGCUGCUGUGCCCCUUCCACAACACCCCAGAUGCCAGCCGGAGACCCCCUGGAUGGAUCAUGUGACCUGCAUGCUGAAUGGAAUAGGGGCAUACAGUACAUUGCGGGGUCACAUACCCAAUCCUCCCCAUUAGCUUGAGGUCCUCCUAGCACCCAGGCUAAUCAUUAUUAUUAAAAAACGGCAUAUUCACAACGAGUUUUAUUUUUCAUUCAUACUGUUAGUGAUUAGGCAUUCAUUUUUUUUUAUUACUUUUUUUUUUUUUUUUCUUUUGGUAAACAUUGCUGUUGGGUUUGGAUAGUUUUUGAAAAAGGAGCCAAGAUGAUUGACUUGAGUUAUCUGACGGAGGAGGAGCAGGAGAUGAUAAUGACGGUGCUGAAGAGGGAUGCAGCGUUGAAGCAGGCGGAAGAAGAUCGAAUCAAGAAAUUACAGAAAAAUGAAGAGGACAACAACAAACUGAAGUAUAUGUCAGGCGAGUGGUUUUACGAAGCCAAGUCGCAGAGGCACAGAGACAAAAUACACGGAGCAGACAUCAUCCGAGCGUCAAUGAGGAAGAAAAAGCCAGUCACGCUGUUUGAGCUGAGCCAGAGCAGAGGCGAGAGGCCAGGCUGGUCGAACAGUGUGAACAAGGACCUCUUCAUUCCUCCAGAGCUCACAGGCCUGGUAGAAGAGCCGGAAGAGGAGGAGUGUGAAGAGAGCAUCAUUGCCAGUGAGAUCAACGCCACCCAACAAGAAAGACUGAGACAGGCAGCACCGUCCCCAGUAAAGCAAAGACAAAAUCCAUUCAACGAUUCGUCUGUCAGAGCUGAUGCCCUCAACGAGGGACGAGACAGCAGAUUAACAAACGGAAAAGUGGCAUCACAUGAGACAUCUAAUGGGGACCAGUUGUCGUCACCCAGGGAUACUGAAUCCAGUAUAGAUUUACCAACUACAGAGAAUUUCAGGCUGUCCCAAGGAAUUGGUGCACAGGCUCCGGUGCCUAAAAAGAGGACCAUAGUUUACGAACCACAGGACUCAGAGUUAGGCAAUGAAAGCCCCUCACAAAGACAGCAAAAUAGGAGCGACCUGAACAGCUCCGCUGGCCUUCCUAAAGGCAUCUUGAAGCGCAAUUCCAGCUCCAGCUCAGGCUCCAAUGACUCUGAAAUCAAUCGUUUCAACAGUGGUGGCAUUCAGGAGCCCCAGAGAAACAGGAGCAUUAUGUCACCAAGUGUCAUCCCAGAAACUGUGGCUGAGAAGACACUCCCGAGUGAGCAGAAUGCAGAGGGGUUCUCCCAAAAUUCUAUUGAUAGAAAGCAAGUGAGGUUCUCCCCAGGAGUCAGUCAAAGGGAUGCCUCAAGGGCAGACCAGCUAGUGGACGGAAAAGAAAUGGGGGAGCAUGACUUGCUAGAUUCAGAAUUUGCUAGAACUGCCAAUGCCAAGACGGUUGACGGACCUGAAGGCAACGGGUUGCUCCAAAGCAAAGCUUUUUCAACUUCUCAUGCUCCUGAAACCCUCGAAGUUCACCUUUCAACCACUGAUAAACCUCAGCAACUUGAAGAGACCGCACUGCCAGCUUCAUUCACUGCAAAGGAACAAAGUCCACCCCUCCCGGAAAGCAUGUGGCAAGCACAAAGCGGUAAUAGGUUCGCAGAUAAUUAUCGAGCGGUGGACACAAGUGAGAAUCUGAGAAAGAGAGAAGUGACAGAAAUGGCAAGAGUUGAAAUAAAUCCGCCCCAAAUCACUGUUGAUCAACAUGAAUAUCAUGCUGAAUCCCCUCCGGUGUCCAGUCUACAGCCUGUCAGUGCUGUGAAAGGUAAGCCUGUAAACGAUCGGGUGCAAAUCCAUGAGAGACCCAAGCCUCCCAAGCCUGAAACACAAAGUUUGAAUCUCACCAGGGAGGCCAGCGAAUCCAUAUCUAAAGUCCUAGAGUGGUUCAGCAGGAGCACUGAAAAACUAAGGUCUUCUGUUGAUGAAAGGGAGUAUGAACCCAACCUUGCAGAACCAGAGCUUGAUCUAGACCCACGUUUUGAAGCCAUUUCCUCCGAAAGGAGAGGCGAGGUAAACACUGACUUUUCCCAACAUCGUCCUGGCAGUCUACAGUCAAACGCGCUCAACUCUUCCACCGUUCCAAGAACUUUUGAAGGGGAUGUUGAGGAAGACUAUAAAAGAAGGUCGCCUGUGGUGGAAGAAGAUAUCAUUCCUGAGACAAAGAAACGGGAGGCAUCAUCACUAUUUGACAUGGUCCAGUCCAUUGUGGACACAAACAUGGCAGGUCAACUGAGGGAGGAGCCAUCAUCCUGUAAAACACUUGAAAGAAAUGUGGAGGAACAGUCUUCUUUCCAAGUAAAAACCACGACAGAGGAUUACACAAGAAGCACACCAGUAGUAGAAGAACAUAUUAUUCCUGAGGUGAAGAAACGCGAUGCACAAUCACUGUAUAACAUGGUCCAGUCCCUGACCAAUAUAGAGAUGGCAGAUCAACCAUGGGAGAUACAAUCUUCCGGGGAAACACUUGAAAGAAACAUGGAGGACCAGUCUUCUUUGAAAAUGAAAGCCAGUAAAGAAGAUUACACAAGAAAAACACCAGUGGUAGAAGAACAUGUAAUUCCUGAGGUAAAGACAAACAAUGCAUCAUCACUAUACAACAUGAUCCAGUCCAUGGUUGACAUAGAGAGGCCUAAUCAACCAACAGAAGAGCCAUCAAUGGAUGAAGGUGUUCAAUAUGAAGCAUUCUCAUUUGAAGAAUGUGACGUAGAAGAAGAAUCUGAACCUGGUGGCACGUAUGAUAGAGUUAAGGACGCUGAAGAAUCUUCUACUCCCUCCCUACAAUGGAGAACUUCAUUUGCUAUACCAGCCUCCAGUGAGGACCAGACUGAAAUCGUACAUGCAUCUAAAUUCUACUGUGACAACUCUGAUAUCGAUGAUGAAAGUACCAUUACUCCAGUCGAGGAAGGCAAGAACUCCAUUUCACUAGAAAAUAAACCAUUGACAGAAGUUGAUUGCAUAGAGAAUAGCACAAUCACCCCUAAAUCCAUUCAUUUAGGUGGGGAAGUGUACACAGUGCAGUCCAGUGACGAAGAUAAAAGCAAGGAUAAUUACGAUUUAGUGUAUUUGUCAAAAUAUACUGCACAUAUAAAACAAAGCAGUCCAGUACCCCUUGUACAAAGCGUCUCAAGCAAAGAGGACAGCCAGACUGGCAAAAUAAGGAACCUGAAGUCCUUCUGGGAGAAGGAGAAAAGUGAACCCAAAAUUAUUGUGGUCAAACAGAAGGAAGCCAAGGAAACUGAUGAAUCUGGAAGCAAACAAAUACAGUGUCCAGGAGUCAGCUCAGCUCAGUCAGGUAAAAGAUUUACCACCUCGGAGUUAGAUCUCAGGAUGAAAGACAGUGAACCUGACCAUGGUUUUGACAGAUACAGGGCAUCCUCUGUUUCCAAUCAAAAGCCCCUUUUCACAGUUCAGACAAUGAAGGAUAGAAUGCAAGGUGAACAUAAGGAUCACACUACCAGCCCCUCACAAUUCCGGAACCUCAAGGACUUCUGGAGUAAAGGACCUAAAGACCUAGGCAGGCCAACUCUCAUAACGAUGGCAUCCUCUGACACUGACAAUACAUCUGGUGAUCUAAAAAGCAAAAGUCCAGCUAGUCAUGGGCCAAAGAUUCAAGAAACAGUUGACCUGUUGCGUCAACAGCAGAUGUCCCCUACAGAGGAAAAGAAGAUAUUAAACCCCCGUUUUUACCCCAAAGUUCUGCCCACGGAAGCUGCAGAGAUUCGGGUCAAAUCCUUUCGAGGGGAACAAUGCCAGAUUCCCAGAGAUCUUUCUGAACCUAAGAAAGAACAGGUGGUGGAAUAUGGGGAGAAAUCAACACAUCCUCCCAGCAUAGAUCAUGAUGCCCUAGGAUCACUUUCAGAGGUUUCUGAGAAAAAGAAAAGUGACGUGGCAUCAAUGCAGAGUACGGAGCUGUCCUUGGGAGAUGAAGGCAUGUCCUAUAAAGAAGAGCCAUGUUCCAGGAGAAUCUCUGAGCGAAGUGACGAUGCUUAUCAUCCCAAAGAAUGGAAGGAAAGGGCGCAAGAUGAAAGCAGUGUUUACCUCCCAGAGGAGCUUGAGCCCAAGCUGAAUGUGGUUCCAAGUUUUUUAAGGUCUAGCACACCUGUGAAAAGCGAGGACUGUCCAAGCCAAGCAAGAGCAGGUGUGCUGCAGUCUUUCAAACACAGAGAGAGCGAAGACGAUGAAGGCUCAUCCCAGGGCACAGCGUCUGACUACGCCAGGUCCUAUACCGGUACUGAGCAUUUCAGAAGUUCCGCUUGUUUUGAUGAAGAGAAUAACCCUGUUAUGAUGGCCCUGAGAAGAAUUUCCCCAAAGCCCAUGUCUUCUUCCAAAAGUCUAGAGGACAUUACGUCAGCCUCGUCAAACGAAAGAAGUCUAAAUAAUGCCAGAGGAGAAUUAGUACUUAGUGCAGAAGAUGAUCAGCAUUCCAAGGUUCAACAAAUCCCAAAAGAAAUCGUGUCAGGAUUUUCCACAGUGCCUUCCCACCCAGUCUCGCUCUCUUUGGAUUCAAAGAAGAUGAAGGAAAUGAGCAUGUCGGUGCCUGCAUUCCUGCAGCAAGAGAGCGAUGGGACUGACUCAACCUCAGAAAGCAGUUUCCACAUUGGCAGACACAAGAAGACCGCCAGCUCUCUAACCAAUCUUAGCAACUCCUCUGGCAUGGCAUCAAUGUCCUCUGUCAGCAGUAGCGUCAUGAGUAUCUACAGUGGAGAUUUCGGGAACGUGGACGUCAAAGGGAACAUUCAGUUCACCAUCGAUUACGUGAGCCAGUUGAAGGAGUUCCAUAUCUUUGUGGUCCAGUGCAAAGACCUGGCAGAGGCAGAUGUAAAGAAACACCACUCUCACCCGUACGUUAAAAGUUACCUGCUCCCCGACAAAGCUAAAAUGGGCAAAAGGAAGACAGCGGUGAAAAAGAAGACUUUGAACCCAACCUACAAUGAGAUACUGAGGUACAAAAUUGACAAGGAGACCCUCAUGACCCAAACACUCAACUUGUCCGUUUGGCACAAUGACACUUUUGGACGCAACAGCUUCCUGGGUGAGGUGGACGUGGACUUGUCGACAUGGGACUGGGACAACAAGCAGAUGAACUGGUUCCCUCUUAAACCAAGGGCUCCCUCAGGCAGCCAAAACCUGGAGCACAGAGGGGAGAUGAGAAUAGCCCUCCGCUUCGUCCCGCAGGUCUCCCAAAGUAAAAAGAAGCCCAACACAGGGGAGGUACACAUCUGGGUGAAGGACUGCAAGGGCUUGCCAGCGCUGAGGGCAAGUGGCCUUGACCCCUUCGUAAAAUGUUCGGUGCUUCCAGACACCAGCAGGAAGAGCCGUCAGAAGACAAGGAUUUUGAAGAAGACGUCGAAUCCCCUGUUCAACCAUACCAUGGUGUAUGAUGGGUUCCGGCCUGAGGACCUCAAAGAGGCCUGUGUUGAGUUGACAGUGUGGGACCACGACAGGCUGGUCAACCAUUUCCUGGGAGGACUGAGGCUUGGCCUUGGAACAGGUAAAAGUUACGGGACGGCAGUAGAUUGGAUGGACUCGAUUGCAGAUGAAGCAAUGCUGUGGGAGCGAAUGAUGGACUUUCCCAAUGAAUGGGUGGAAGACGUGUUGCCUCUGAGAAUGUUAAUGAUGGCAAAAUAAACAGAAGGACAAUUAAUGAUUGUAUUGUUGAACAACGGCACAGGAAGACUUGUAUCUGUCAUUACACUGAAAAUGUUUUUUUUUUUUAAAAAAAGAGAAUCUAAAUUGUGCUUGGAACAAAUUAUGUAUUGUAUGCAAUUCAAAAUGUCUAAAUUUUAAGCUAUAAAUCUUAGCAGUAAGUGGGUUUUAACAAAAGAGACAUUCCUGUAAUCGCUAUUUGUAUGCAAUUUUAAAUGAUGCAUCAAGACAGGAUAUGGUUUUAAAACUGGACACAGGUUUUACAAGUUCAUAAUGUUUACUUGACUUGUAGAUAAUGGCUUUUUAAUUUUCUUUUUAAAGUAAACGUGUCUGGCAGGUAACUCCUGUGACAGUUCUAUGUUUUUUUUUUCCUUAUUAUUUUUGGGUAGUAUACAGUGGAUUUAUUAUCGGGGAUUGUCACAAAGACGGCCGGAGUGGGUGGCGUCAGACCAGAUGCAGGAAAUAAACAGACAGAGAGAUGUUGUUUGGUGAGGCUGAGCGAAUGCUGUCGCUCAGCAUUUAAUAAACAGAACAGAAAAUAAAGGGUUUUAAACACAAAAACAGGACAUGGCACUAUACGCCAAAAUAAAAAGACAAACAAAACGAACUAAACAGUGCACAGACAGACGAACACGGUGAGUACAAACACUUUAUAGAUUAUUAUUUUACUUUACGUUUCUCCUUCUCUCUCUCACCCGUUCUCCACUCUCGAACACCCAAACCCUGAGUGAAUGCUACGUGUCUCUAUAUAUACUGUUGUGCUGGGAUUCAAUUACUAAUUAAUUAUUCACUUGAAUCCCAGCACGUGAAUUAAUUAAAGUGCAAUUCCCCGUGCUCACAUAUUAUUACUUUUUACUUGCACGUGAUGUGAUGUGCCAUCCCCGUGCCUAAAUACAAAUAUACAAUUUACACACACGUGAAACACAGACCCGCUUAUAUCCCGUGUACCAAUCUAUACACCAACAUUAACACACGCACGCAACAUACAACACAUAAUAAGCACACAGGGGCGGGGCACAUUGCCACAGGGAUAUAAAACCAAUACAGUACAAGGAUUAUUUUACAGGAAUAAUAUUUUAACUGACAAAUAUACCUAAAAAUAAAGUUUCACAGAACUUUAACUUCUUCAAGUGUACAAAAGGUUAUUUUCUCAAUAUACUUAUAUACUUAUAUGUCUCAAUAUGUAUAUACAGAUCUUUACUGAUGGUUACUGGGCUCAGAAAGAUGUUUCCUUGAAGGUAACUGGAUUUUGCUUUUCACCGAAAUUAUAAUCUAUCUGGGAAUCUCUUUUUAGUGAAGGUACCAAAACUACACACUUAUGCCAGAGGUCAAACUUUUGGGGUUUUCCUCCAGCCAAUGAAGAGCAUACUUUUACAGCUUUAACCCUCAACACAGUUUGUUCAUCCAGUCUUUCUGAAGUGGAAUAGUCCAGUUGUCUAAACUCACCUAUAAAAAGCACAGCAGCUUCAGCACCAUAUUUUCACAAUAAAACCCACAAGAUAAAUUGAUAGUUUUUAACCUUCUAUGAAGCAUGCACUUUUAUCAAGCAGCUGUAUUUUGCCAACCAUCACUUGAACUUUAAAUGAAUUCCAAUGGGUUGUGAAUGUUAUUCUGUAAUAAAGCAUCCCUGAGCUUGUAUGAGUUUGAAAACCUGCUGCCACUGCACCUACUGCUGCUGAUAACUAACCAUAUAAACUGGCAGCUUCAUAUUUCCAGGCUUGUGGAAACCCUGCAGGCAAAAAAUGUAAAAGUUUAACACCACCCUUCACUUCAUUUCCCUAAAAAGACACUACUUAAUUAGUUAUAGUGGAACUGUGUAUAAUAAUAUGAACAUCUGAAGAAAUCUCAGAGCUUUUGCUGCAUUUAAAUAUACUAAUAAACUAAAAUGAAACAAAUCUACUGCCCUGCGUGCAUCGUCAUGAGUAAGGUUUUUUUUAAUUGAUUUUCCAUUAUGCAUUAUCAUUUCCUUUCUUUUGCAAAAAAUUGAGACCGAAGUGGAGUGAAAUGAGUGAGGCUUGGCAUGUUUGCAUUGCAAGAGCAAGCCUAUUGCACUUUGCACAUGCUAUGGGAAGCUGCUUGUCAUGAAUGAACUGUCUCCGGUAGCUCAGUUGAGUAAUCACGUGAGUCUACUCGGAAAAGUUAAUGCAGCCCAGGCAGCACUUUGGAGUAGCCAGCGUUGGACCAACUUCUUAAUGUAAUGUACAUUUAUGCAGAUUAAGUUUCCAGAUGUUUCUAUCAACACAUACCCUGUUGGUAUUGUUGCCACUUGUUGUAAUGGUGAAUUUGAUAUUGAUAAUUAACAAACAAAAGCACAUCACAGCCCCAUUCGAAUAAUUAACAUACACAAUGUGCAUAAUUUGCUCUUUUUUUAUGCCACUAGUAUGGCUUCUUUGCAAUGAAAUGGUGUACCGGUAUGCCCAAGAUAAGUUAAUUAAGAUCUGUUCUUCCCCAAAUCAAAACUAUUUUAACUCUAUAGGGUCCACCCAAUGUUAAAUAUCCCACUGGUGAGCAGUGGAAAGGAAUAUCCACUAGAAACUUCCCUCAGGGCUUCAUAUGCUUCUAGGGCAUUUGCCAAGCACUCCACCCUUUCACUUCCCAAGCUCGGCAUCUCUCCGACAUCAACCCACCCUGAACCUAGCCCAACCACAACCCUAACCUUAAGCAACUCCAGUGCUAAAACCUAACCCUAACCCUAACCCUAACCCUUAAGUAUCAUCUGUUGCCCUGAAGACAGUUUCUAGUGGAUAUUCCUUUGUGCUGGCUCUUUAACUCUUUUUACUGAGGCACUGUGAGAGACAGCCUUGUGUCAUUAGAAAGAGGAGAGUCAAUGGGUGUGUUGACGGAGAUCAUUCUGCGCAGAUUCUGUGUAGAAUCUGACCAGUUUAGCCAAUGAUCUUCUAAGAAUGGCCUCUGUGAACGCACCCAUUGGCUAAAUUGGUCAGAUUCUGCACAGAAUCUGCGCAGAAUGAUCUCCGUGAACUCACCCUAAGCUUUCAAACGAGGUCAUUGUGUAUUUCCGGUAUAUGACCAUAUUAGGAGAUAGGGUUGAACGCGAGUGUUUUGGAGUGUUGCUGUAGACCUACCUCGGUGCAGUUAACAAACAUUUUCACACAAAAUCUUUACAAAAUAAGAGAAAUGGCGACAUCGAAGGCACAAGGACCUAUUUUCCGAGUUGGUGUGUUUGUGGAUCAGAUGCACGAGACAAGCGCUGUUAGGGGUAUGUAGCCCUGGUAGCAAUUGCUGGUCAUUCAAGCUAAAGUGACCAGCCAGCCCAAUCUUGUGCCACAUGAUCACGGUGCCUGGGACAAAUAUUUUGAAUGUUUUUUUUUUUUUUUGUCCUUUUUGUUUUCUUUUGCGCAUUUUCAACGAAUCGGUUUUUUUUGCUUGCUUUUGUAUAUAUGGCCAUAAUUCCCUUAUUUAUUAUCCAGUUUGUUCAAUUUUUUCCCCAUGUUCGCUAGAUGUUGAAGUUUCAUUGUACACAGUCAGAUUUGAGCAUGCUAAAAUAUUGUUUUACAAACAAUAAAUAAUGUUUUAUUUCUAAAAA